AUGCCAGUUUGCCGCUCGGCCAUGGCGAGAGCUCAGCUGCCGUGGAGAUUCUUGGUCUUCUUCUUCUUCUUCUUCUUCCGGAAGCCUCUUUACACACAGGCGCGCUUGACGUCGGCGCACCUGAAGUGUUUGCUGCUGUGCUGGCUGGCGGUGCUGGCGGGCAGCUGGGUGGUCUACGCGGAGUACUCGUCCCGCUCCGAGCUGUGCCGGGGACGCCGGUGCACCGCGGACACGUGCGCCAAAUACAGACGGGGCCUGGUGGACGGCUCGGCCUGCGGCAGCUUGUGCGACGAAAACACUUUGGAGCUCAACAAGUGUCUCAGCACGCACGCCGCCAAGCAGGUGUACUCGGGCAUGUGGGGCGACCUGGAGGGCGUGGUCAGGUGUCAGAUGGACGAGGUCCCCGCUUACGACGUGGGGAGCCAGAUGGGGGGCAGGAAGGAGGCCGCCGCCCUCUUCGACACCCCCUCCAAGGGGACCUCCAUGGAAAAGUUCCGGGAGAUGAUCCUCGACCACCUCAAGACCAAAGUGGGCGAGGAGCAGGCCAACCUUGGCGAGCUGACACUCCGUGCACUGGCGGCGGCCGAUGCCAACAAGGACGGUCACAUUUCUCUGGCGGAGGCUCGGUCUGCGUGGGCGCUGCUGCAGCUCGACGACUUCCUGCUGGCGUUGGCCCUGCAGGAACACGGGCACAUGCCCAAGAUUCUCGGCUUCUGCGGGGACCUCUACGUGACGGAGAAGGUACCCAACGCCCCGCUCUAUGGCCUUAGGGCUCCGGCACGGGUGCCAGCCUGGGUGCGCCGUACCGCCGACCACUGGUUCACCCCCACCUGGCCCCACCGAGCCAAGAUCUCCAUCGGGCUCCUGGAGCUGGUAGAAGAUCUGUUCCACGGAGCCUUUGGCAGCUUCCUCAUGUGCGAUCUGAGCGCCGCCCGCUUCGGGUACACCGGGCGCCACGAUUUGAAGGUGGCGGACGCCGGGCACAUCGUCCCCGAGGCAACCUUUCGGGAGGCCAUCAGGGAGCAGAGUUGCGAAAAGGACACCGACUGCGUCUACGGCGUGGACUGCUUCACUUCCUGCGAUCUCACCAAGCGCCGCUGCACCCCAGAGGUGGCCGAGCCCAACCUGGCCAAGGCCUGCCGGGCUCUGGAGGACUACGUCCUGUCGGGGGCGCCUUCGGACAUCCGCGAGGAGCUGGAAGAGCAGCUGUACGCCUGCAUGGCGCUGCGGGGAUCGGCAGAGCGGGCCGAGAUCCAACACUCGCUGGUCCUCAACAAUCUCAAGACCUUGUUGUGGAAGAAGAUCUCACACAACAAAGACUCCUAA